CUAUUUGUCCCAUGUUGAUGUGAUCAGGAGUGGCCUCUUCCAAGGCAUAUACCAAGUGUUAAUGCUAUCCAAAUUCUGGACAAAUGAUUUAGGUAGUGUGAUGGUGCAGUUCUGAUGAUUCUAGAUUGAGUUAUUAUGUAACUUUGCUGGCAAAAUUGUACGAAUUUGAUGUUGGACCCAGCUGAAGCUUGGCAUUGCGAUGCAUGUCAAUUGCGAUGCAAAAGUGGUUAAUUGUAGCAAGAGCCCUAUGCAGCUAUGAGAAAAUGAGCAAGAAGAACCCACUGGUGUUUUUAGAUGUGUCAAUCGAUGGCAAUCCUAUUGAAAGGAUGGUUUUUGAGCUUUUUGCUGAUGCUGCUCCUAGGACUGCGGAAAAUUUCCGUGCACUCUGUACAGGGGAGAAAGGAAUUGGUCCUAAGUCUGGAAAACCCCUACACUAUAAAGGUUCCUUUUUUCAUCGCAUUGUGAGGGGAUCAAUGGCUCAGGGUGGUGAUUUUCUUAAACGAGAUGGGAGUUUUGGAGAAAGCAUAUAUGGUGAGAAGUUUCCAGAUGAGCCAUCCUCCAAGCUAAAGCAUGACGAGCGAGGUCUUCUUUCAAUGGCAGUGGCAGAUCGUGAUGCACGUGGUUCUUUAUUCAUAAUCACAUUUGAGGCUAAUCACCAUAUUGACAGGAAGUACGUUGUUUUUGGGAAACUUGUGCAUGGGUAUGAUGUUUUGGAGAAGAUUGAAGAUGCAGGUGAUGAUGACGGGAGACCAGCUGUAACUGUAAAGAUCAUCAAUUGUGGCGAAUUCCAUGAGGAGAAAAAGAGAACAAGUAGGCUGAAAGUUGAAAAAGAUGCUUCCUUGGAGGCUAAGAAUCAUGAAGUAUGUCGUAAGGGGAAGCAUAAGAAGUCUUCAAGAGAGAGAAGAAAAAAGAGAAGAAGAUACCAUACGUCUGAAUCAGAUACUUCCUCAGAUAGCGAGACAGAAUCAUCUGAAUCUGAUAGUGAUUCUGACUCAUAUAUAUCUUCAUCUUCUGAGUUGAGUUCUUCAAGUGAGGACAGGCGAAAGAAGAGAAAGAGAUCUACUAAGAGAGACAAGUAUAGACGUGGCAAAAGGAGGGACCGUAGGCGCGGAAAAAAACGGAGGCGGCGUGAUAAGAGAUCAAAGCGCAGAUCAAAAAGGUCAUCUGAGAGUCCUACUGAUACUGAGAAUGGGAGUAAAAGUGAAAGUAUCUCAGAUGAUGCUGAUGGUAGGGGGUCAAUUCAUAGGCAUAAAAACUAUGCUCAGAUAACUGAUGGAAAUCAAUCUCCUUUGAAAGGAGAGGUAUCUCAUAUAAUUGAAAAAGAAGAUGGUGAGUACCCAAAGGAAAAUGGAAAGCGGCAAAGCAAUGGAAUAGAAGUGGAAAUGAAGACUGACAGACCUGCAGAUAGGCCUGAUAUAUUGGACGAUCACCCAGGAAAAUCUAGGAGCCGGAGCAUGAGUCCCAAGAGGAGUUUGAGCAAGGGCCAUAGUGUGAGCCCACAGAAGAGCAUGAGCAGGAGCCCUAGUGUUGAUAGAAGUCCCAGAAUCUCACGAAGAAGCAGGAGCAUCAGCAGAAGCCCAGUAAGAAGUGAGAGUAGCAGAAGCCCAGUGAGAAGUGCCAGUAGAAGCCCAGUGAGAAGCGCCGGCAGAAGCCCUGUAAGGGGAAAGAACGGAAGAAGCAUCAGCAGGAGCCCAUUGGGAACCCGACAUGGGAGAAGCAUCAGUAAGAGUCCCAGAACAUCCCCACCUCAAAGGAGCCUUAGCAGAGCCUCACAAAGAACCUCGUCAAGGAAGUCAUCUCGAAAGUCAGUAAGUCGAAGCCCUAUAAGAGUAGCUAGAAGAAGUGUAAGCAGAAGCCCUGUUAGAUCUUAUCGAAGAAGUGUGAGCAGAAGCUCGGGUAGGGCCCCUUCUAGGAGAAGCACUAGCAGGAGUCCAGUGAGGGGACCUACUAGGAAUAAUCGUCGCUCAAGGAGUCCUGUAAGCACAGGGCGCAGGGCAAGGUCUCCUGUUUCUGACCGUGGAAGGAGCUCAUCAAGAAGUCCUUCCCCAGAUGAGUCACCCAAGCGCAUCAGAAGGGGAAGGGGUUUCAGCCAGCGAUACUCUUAUGCACGCAGAUACAGAACCCCUUCACCAGAUCGUUCUCCUGUGAGGCCCUAUCGAUAUGGUGGUAGAAAUGACCGUGACAGAUAUUACAGGAGAUCCCCACGGCGCUACAGGAGCCCACCCAGAGGGAGAACUCCUCCAAGAUACAGAAGCAGAAGAAGCAGGACCAGAAGUCCGGUAUCACGGAGCCCAAUCCGCUACCGCGACCGCGAUCGCAGGUAUAGCCGAAGUCCUAUCCGCAGUCGUUCUCCCAUUGAGACAUCCAGAUACCGAAGUUCCCCACGUGUCGACAAACGGAGAUCACCUUCUCGCAGCAGGAGCCCAUCAGCAUCAAGGUCCUCUCUCGACUCGCAGUCCCCUAAACAGGCAGGCAAAGAAAGGUCAAGGUCAUCUACUGAAAGUCCCCCAGGAAAGAGGGGGUUAGUCUCUUAUGGAGAUGGCUCCCCAGAUUAAUUAAUAAGGCCAGUCAGUGGUUAGGAUGUGUUUGCUGAUGAAGUGAUAAACUGUAAGCUUUUGCUGUAGUAUUAUGACGGAGCCUCCUGCCUUUUGCGCCCCCCCCCCCCUCUUUCUCUCUCUCUCUGGGUAAAGUCUGCUAGGGGCAAUUUGGAGGGUUAAAUUGUUCUAUGUUAUGUCCUUUAUACAACUUUUGGUAGUUACAAGAUUGGUCCUAUUUUAGAGAUUUACUUUGAUUUGAAUAACAUAUUAUCAGCAUAAGAUUGUGUUUAGUAA